AGAGUCGAUGCAAAUAUUUUUAAUGGGAAUAUGUCGCUCACUCACAAUUGAGGAUUUUUUUUUUUUUUUUUUUGCUUGUCAAAUUUUAUGUGGGACAACAAAUAGACCUUCAUUUUGUAGUAGUGAAACCACGGAAUACUCAACAAUCGCCGAUACCGUCCGCCUGAACGCACUUGGUGGUGUGAAAACCAGUCGACCUCCCAUCUCCCACAUGUCAACACAACCACAUCGGGAUGCAUUGGUAACGCCGGGUAAUUCCCGUUGUGAAGGACGCUUUUUGAUGGUCAAUAGCUAUAGUCAAUAGUAGUAUUAUACACCUUGCCUAUGAUAUAUACUGUGCGUGCGAUAUAACUUUAGGGAAUCCAUGUAGUCCCUACAUAUUCAUACCCGUGUUACUUCCAAAUACAUUCUUCGUUUGUCGUCUUCAAGAUGUCAGACAACUGCUACAACAAGAAAAGAAACCAAAGCCAAGAUGAAUAUAUUGAGCAGGAAAACAGACUGACUAACCGACAUAUUCAAGCUUUAAGUUUGAUGCAAGAUAUUCAUCGGGAAAAUGAGGAGCUAAAAAAAGAACUGAAGCAAUUACAGGAUGAACUGUCACAUUGUGAAGAAUAUCAUCAGAUCGCGAAGGAUGCCAAAGCUUUCAAGCAACAGGCACAAGAAGAGUGUCUCAAAAAGAUUGACAGGAACAGUGAAAAACUGAACAGGAAACAUAAAGAAGAGGUCAUGUCACUUGUGAGUGCCAAGCUACAGGCAGAAACCGAUUGGUUAGAAGAAAGAGAACGGUUUCAGCAGCUUGUAGAGCAGUAUGAAAAGCAGAAUGCAGUUUUAACUGACCAGCUAGAAGCACUGAAGAAACAUGAUAUAAAAAUAGAUGUAGUUAAUCAGCGCCUUGAUCAAUCCUUGAGAGAGAUGAUAGAGCUGAAGGAAACUAACAAGCAGCUGAACCUACAGAUAGAGCAGCUCCAGGAGAAGGAGAACAACCAGGCUUCAACCUACCUGGAGAAGAUCGAGCGGGUGGAACGGGAGAAGGAGACAUUGGAGCUGGAACUUCAAGAAGUCCAGCAGAGACUGAGAGAGUUUGAGCUCCGGGUGAAGGUCCUGGAGGAAGAGUUGAGUGCUGUUGGUCAACAAACCAAGGAGAGACAUUCCGCGAAGUCAAAACUUAGACACCAACUGGAGCAGGCUGGCAAGGAGAUCGCAGGCUACCAGAAGCAGAUUAUGGAGCUUGAGGAUAUGGUGAGUGACCUCAGGAAAGAACUUGGUGAAAGAACUAGUCAGCGGGAUCAAGAGGCUUCUACCAAGGAGAAACUGUUGAUCUUCUUGCAGCAAUUGCAGGAGGAAUGCAGGAGAUUGAAAGAAGAGCUUGCUUCGAGGCAUCAGGAGAAGCAAUUAGUUGUUCCAGAGAGGGUGGGAUUCAGGGAAUUCGUUCAGAUGAGACGAGAAAUGAACGUUCUUAAGGAGGAGAAUGAUUCACUUAAACAGAACAAGAAGAAGCCCAAGUCGUUACCAAGUUUGAAAGGACCCAGUCCUGAUGGAUACCUUUACGGUGAUUCAAGAACUCCUGGGCAAUCUAAGUCAGAGACUGCUCUCCAGCUCCUCAAGAGAUGACAAACAAAAUAGGUCCAAGUCUAGCAGCCCAACAAAUUUAUGAACUAUUUGAAUCGUAAGUGCCCUUGUGCCAUGACGUUGAUGAUUUACAAGUAUGAAGCCAUAACACUCCAUUGUUUUCCUUAUAUUUGGAAAAAUUAUUCUUUUCAAUUAAUGAGAUUAGUUCACUAGUACUUAGCUGCUGUUGACAUUACCUAUUCAACAUGAUACCGAUAAAAAAACUGUAAAUGUUGUGGCUAAUUUACAGAUGUAGUCUGUUGUUUGUGUAUGUAUGAAUGGGAAUCAAUGAAUUUACCUGUAUUUUGCUUACUCCUUUCCACGCUUAUUUUGCUGCUAUUUUGUGGAUAGCUCCUACAACAAAAUACUGUUACUAAAGAAAAAUCAUAUCCUUUUUAUAUAUGCCAUUUGACAUGAUGCAAAUGUGGUAGCUUUUUUGCAGAUAAACAAUAUGCUCUCACUUUAUAUGCAAGAUCACUAUUAUGAUGCACCAUCAUUUCAUUUGUGGUGUUAAGGAAUGAUGCUCUGGUUUUGGUAGAAGAUGCACAUUGGCUGUGUGCAGAUAUGGCAUUCUGGCUGAGCCCUGUUGAUCUAGAUACACAUCGAUCAUCGGUCAAAAUACUGCAUUAUUUCAGUAAUAAUGCGAUAUACAUGUAUGAACAGGUGAAAAAGUGCCUUAAUCCAGUAUGAAUAAUGUUUACAAUAAUUAUAUUCAAAAACUAAAUCGAACAAAAUGAAAUUAGCUUCUUUUCAUCAAAGUGCUUUGAAAAUAUAUGAAUUCAUAAAGAUUGUAGAAAUUGAUUUCUCUUGAUUUGAUUUGUAUUGACAAGUAAUCAUUAAAAAAACAAGUAAGUAUUUGUCAUAUCUUGAACAAUGUACAGCAUUUAGACAUCAACCCUCAGCAAACUAUACCUCACCAGCUGUUUAAAGAAAUAAUUGCACAUGAUCCUUCUGUGUACAUGUUAUUAUGUCUUUUUAAUUGAAUUCAAGUAAUGUCAAUACUGCAAUUGUUAUUAUAUGUUUGAGGCUAAUCAAAUUUAAACGCAAUGUAUUGUCUUUUAUAUCUGGUGUUUUUGUCUCACAUUGUUUUGUCUUCAUUCAUGUCUAGACGAAAUCAACCCAAAAUAGAGUAUUAGUAAUCAUGUUAUGAUAUUCAAAAAGUAUAUGGAUUUAAAGUAUUAUAAUUCCAAAAUGUAAUUUCUAUUGUAAAGACAAAAAGUGCAAUAUAUUUUAUACUUUAACCUUUUUUAUCAGUCUGCGCUGUUUGCAGUCUAAUUUCUGUCAUAAUUCAUUUACCCAUUUACAUCUUGUAUAAGUGCUUGACAUUUUGAGGUGAUUUGAUUUAUGAAGUUGUAUAUAUUUCAAAACAUGCACUUUGAUAUCAAAUAAUGUAAAUUUCAUUUGAAUUGAUAUAUUUUCCUUGAUAGUAAAUUUAAUCUAUGAUCAUGAAUAGUCAAUAAUUGGUAUUUUGAUACGUACAGUAUAUUGCAUAAUUUUAAGUUUUAGGCUUCUAAUUGAUUCAAAAGAAUAUUAUUUUCAUGGGCCAGGGCAAGGAUGGUUUGGGUUAAAGGGGAAAGGGGCUAUACAGAACUGCUUGUAUCCUAUAAUGUACAUUCUAAUAUAUAAUCACUUUACACUUAACAUCAUAAUACAUUACAUUAAGUAUUACCUGUGCAUUUGACAGAUUUUGGGAAAAUUUAUCAUGUACAUGGAAUUCAGCAGUUAACAUCAAUUAUGUAUUUUUGAUCUUUGGUCUGCAUGAAACAUUCUUAACCAUUUAACUAUUUCAAAUUAGGCUUCUCACUCAAUAUUUCAAAGUUUGAAUUAUGCAUUCAAUAAUAAAAAAGAAAAGAAACAUGAAAAUUAAAAGAUUAUCAUCCGUGCGCAUGAUGUCCAUUCAUUACAACUAUUGAACCCUUUUAAAAAUAUUUUUGUUCAUUUAUAUCUUAAUUUGAUACCAUACAGACUUCAAUAUGCUAUUAAUGAUGGAUGCAUCACGGACACGUGUAUGUCAUCUCUUGAUCUAAUAUUCAUAAGUUUGAUGGAUAGUUGGUUUCUGGAGUCUUUGGAUUUUUUACCUCUGAGAGAUAACCCCCCUUUGCUCAGGUAGAAACCUGCCUGAUUAACAAGCAUAAACUCCGAGAAAACGCCCUGAGCAUUAGCUCAAUUUAGGGGAUGCUUAGGAGUAGAAUAUGCACAUUUGUCAUACUUAGUGAUUCCAGCAUACCAUCGUCUUAUGACCAAACAAGGCAAAAAAUAAGUCUGUACAGAUGAAAGAGAAAUCAUACAGUAGAAAGACAGAUUCUUAUAGAGAGGAGAAAGCAAGAAUCAGAAUUAUUUUUUAGAGGAGAGAGGAACAUAAUUAUAAGGACUGGUGUAAAGGAAAUGCAAAGCAAGGUGGAAAAGAUUAGAGAAUUGUCUGAGAUGAAUACUGCAAAAAUUCUGGUGUUGAUUUAACACCAGCCCAGAAUCUAUAUAUGUCUACACAAGAAAAGUAUUGAAACAACACCAGUUUGGAAUCAAACCGAUGCUGUUUUAAUACUAAUUGGUGUUGUAUAAACACCUAUCUGGAGUUAGACCAAAACAAAACUGGUGUUGUUUAACUCUUCUCUGGUCUAUAGAUCCCGGGCUGGUGUUAAAUCAACACCAGUUUUUGCAGUGAACAAGAUUAAAAUGAGGAUUCGGUGUGAUAGAGAGAAAAUCUACAUGAAGUCAAGAAAUCAUAAAAGAUAUAUUAAGUACUAGUAUUUUAAUGAUGAUUUAAUAAUAAAGUCGUAGCCUGUUCAAAUUA